CAUUCAUUGAGUAGUACUUAUUGAGCGCUUGCAGAGCACUGUACUAAGGGUCGCGACAUGGCGACUUACAGCCUCGCGAACGAGCGGCUGCGGGCCCUGGAGGACAUCGAGCGGGAGAUCGGCGCCAUCCUGCAAAGCGCGGGGAACGUGAUCCUGGAGCUGUCCAAGGAGAAAGCCAACGAGCGGUUCCUGGACCGGCAGGCAGCGGCCUUCACCUCCUCCGUGCAGCGCGUGGAGGCCGAGCUCUCGGGCCAGAUCCGCUACCUCACCCAGGUGGCCACGGGGCAACCCCACGAGGGCUCCAGCUACUCGGCCCGGAAAGACUGCCAGAUGGCACUGAAGCGGGUGGACUACGCCCGGCUCAAGGUGGGCGAGUUGGCCUGCACCUGCGAGCAGAUGCUGGAGACGUAGCGAGCUGGGAGGGACCCCCGGGGCCCGCCCACCCCACGGGCAGAGCCAGCUCCACGGACCGCUGGGAGUGGGCCGGCGGCUCCCUCGGACUGGACGCCGGAGGCCCCGUCCCAGUUGGACAGAGGUGAGGCUUGGAGAAGUGGGGCCAACCUGAUGCCCCUUCCUUCUUGGACCGAGCCUGGGAAGUGGAAGCUGGGGAUUGGGUGGGUCACUUCUCCCCAGUACGGACCAGAGGCUGGAGAGCGUCUGGCCCAAAGCACCACCGAGCCUGACCCCUGUCCUGGGCACCCCGGGGCGGCCCGCUGACUGGUAAUAAAAUAGGUGUAGCCAGGUUUUCGUUCGCCCCGUGUGAAAGGAGGGGCUGUGGCAACUGUGGCAGGAGGCAGACAUUGCUAGUGGGAAGCAAUGCAUUGCUCUUAAUCCCCAUUCUGUAAAAUGGGGAUUAAGACUUUGAGCCCCAUG